AUGGACGACGCCAUUGCAGAGCACGUUGCUGUCGAAAGGCUCUCUGAAUGGACCUUCCAAUCCAAACGACUUGCAGAACGCAUGGGAAAUACCCUCCCCAUUGCAUUUGGCGGCUACGCAAUUGCCCUAGCAGUCAAUGCCGCUGCGAACACCGUUCCAGAUGGCUUCCAUCUCUACUCGGCCAUGGGUAACUAUCUGGGCCCUGCUAGCAUCGCGGAGAAGAUGACUCUCACCGUGUUCCCUUCCCGGAGUACAAAGACCUUCCAGACCCGGAGGGUACAAGUGACCCAAAAGUUUGGCGAUGGCAGUAAGACCCGGCUAUGCAUGGAAGUUUUAAUUGACUUUCACCGCGCAGAGCCGGCAUUGCUUGAAUUCUCUGCGCCACCGACGAUGAAAUACAGCCAUUGGAAGGACUGCCUGCCCAUGGAAGAACUGGAGAAACAGCUUGUCGCUGCCGGCAAGAUUGAAGAAGCCGAGGUCAAAGCUUUCAACAAGGUAUUUGGCCUGGGAUUACGACUUUUUCAUAAUCGAUACUGCCCCGAGAGUAUAGCUGGACAGACGCUUCUCGGACUUGGCAAGAACGUUCAAACCACACAGGAACAUCUACCCAUCACCGCCAAAACCAGUUGUCAAUGGUUACAAGCGAGGUAUCCUGUGCACAAAGAGUCCGACCAUAUAGCUGGCCUUGCUUUCAUUAUGGACGCAUUUAUCUCGUUUCUCCCCUUGGUUCACAACCAUAUGUUCUUAGACGAUGCAGCAGCGUGUUCAAGCUUGGACUUUUCGUUGCGAGUGUUUGUGCCGAACGUUAAUAUCAAUAACUGGAUUUUGCGGGAAUGUCUCACGCACGUCGGAGCUCAUGGCCGUACGUACUCCGAGGCUAGGGUGUGGGAUGAAAAUGGGAAUAUGGUCGCCUCGAUGACACAGCAGUCGAUUCUGCGACCACACAAGGCUAAAACAAACAAGCUUUAG